AAUCAAUCAUUGUUUCUACAGCCAAUCAGCAGAAACCAAAGCGAUGAAGGCAUCAAUUUUCUUCCUGAUUCCUAUUCUUUUCGUGCUGCAAACACAAGCACAAACCAGAGACUACUGCGCAGCCACUUUAUGCGAAACAGGAUACCAUGUCGCUUGCAUAAAGAAAAAUGUAUUCGCUGCUACCUGCCCAAAGGAUGCUAAGCUCGUUACUGGAGGAAACUAUCAAGUCAAUAUACUGAAAGCCCAUAACCGUGUUAGGAAUGAUAUUGCCCUUGCCACGGCAACUGGAUUUGAGUCGGCUAUGCGCAUGGCUACUGUGGUAUGGGAUAAUGAGCUUGCAACAUUAGCACAAGUUUGGGUUAAACAAUGCGUAGCAGAAAAUGAUGAAUGCCGCAACACAGACCGCUUCAACUCAGUUGGACAAAACGUUCACAGUACACUGAAAUCGAAUAAUUUUGACAUCCCCACCCUUAUCAAUGAAAUUCUCGAUGAAUGGUACAAUGAAUAUUCCGCCAUGACCGCUGCAGAGAUUAGCGCAUACACAGCUGAUGAUACUUAUCGCAACUUCGCUCAAUUGGCCGUAGACAAAGUAACAAGGAUCGGCUGUGCAACAGUUCAGUACACCGAGGGAAGCAAAUUCAGAGUGUUUACAGUUUGCAACUAUGCUUCAUCGCCUCAAGAUGGACAGCCACUCUACGUAACUGGAUGCCCCCUCGCUCAAUGCCUUAAAGGAAAGAACAAUGACUUCCCUGGACUAUGUCACCCAUCGGAAAUUAUUGAUCCUAACUUCUUUGACUGA